GAUCCUCAGGCAGUAAAUCUCCUCCUCCUCCUCACCAUACCAAACAGACAACGAGAGAGUGGAUUGCCACAAAACACAAGAGACUGAGCGAGGAAAAAUGCAGCUCACUUCCUGUCAGGGCUUGGCCUGUCAGAGGAGGAGAACAGCUGUGAUUGGCUGCACAAGCGUGUUCUACUUCCUUUAAAAACAAAAACAGACGGGCUCUGCUGGUAGGCCAAAGCCCGUUGUAACAGGCUGAAGUAAAAUCAGCUGACAGAGUUGCUACAAAGGGACUACAAACGGACAGAAAGCAAACGUGUGAUAAGAAGAAAGAGAGGAUUUUGUAUGGCAAUGGAUCACUGAAUGGAAUCUGGCUCCCAGAAGAUCCACGGACAAGGAAGCAGAGGCAGAAUUCCUCAGGAAAGAAAACUGCACAAGCUGUCUGGGUUUGAAUGCGUUUAAAAUCACAGUGACUGAGAGGAGAAGCUCGUGCCCAACUGUGGGAGUGGGUUCAUUUGUUUAUGUUUGCGACAUACUUCAGACUUCAAACUGAGCAGAACAAAUUUGAAUUAUGGACAAUGGAUAUGCGGUUCUGUCAGAAGACUGUUGUUCAGACACUUGCAAAGUUACAGUCACUGAUGGGCGCGAAUGUUUCAUCUGUCGGGAUGGGGAGACGACUGAACCCCUGAGGACCUUCUGCGACUGUAAGACUCUUCUGGCCCAUCACAGCUGCCUACUCACCUGGAUUAGCAAGGGUGCUGGCAGUGAUGACCGAUUAAGGUGCAGCGUUUGCCGAGUAGAGUACCAGCUGCAGAAGCGGGCGGUGUGGAGAGCCGUGGUGCUGCAGUGGAAGACGUGGCCCAUCCUGCUCUCGGCCGCCGCGCUGUUCGUCCUGGUGCCCUACCUGGUCUACCGCCUGCUGACCACCUUCCCCAACACCACCCACCACACCGUCUUCAGGGUGGCCUCCGUCUGCUUCGGCCUGCUCUCCAUCAUCCUCCUCAUCAAGUGUGUGGCUAGCUGCCUGGGCCGGCGCUACCGGCAGGCCCAGCGCUCGGCGUUCAGCCUGCUGCCGCGGCCGGUGGAGAGGGACGAGGGGGAGCAGGAGAAGAAGAAGAGCGACGCGGCCCGCUCCGCGCCGUGGUGGGGUGGAGUGACCACAGCCACAGCCGCCGCCGCUCAAGGCUCCCGCGCGCCAGAGGGCAAACAGGAGGAGGCCCAUGCCAGGGCACCCGGGUCAGGCCCGAAGCUGUGAGAGGGGUUCAGGAGGG